AUGCAGGGGCAGAUACAGCAUGCACGUGGGAAACAGCCUCUGGUUUCCCCAGUUGCAGAACAAGUGGUGGUAACAGGUGACUCGAGUCCUGGAGAGUCUAGAUUCUUGCUCCCUGGUUCUCUGGUGAGUGUCCGCCCAGACCCUGUGCUUUCCAAAGCCAGAUACACUGUCAUAUCGUUUGGCAUCCAGAAAAAUGAAAAGUCUGCUGUCUGCUGCAUAGUUCAAGAGGCCAAAGCAGAAGAAAUCCUGGAGAAGGGUCUAGAGGUACGGGAGUAUGAGUUGAGAAAAAAUAACUUCUCAGAUACUGGAAACUUUGAUUUUGGGAUCCAGCAACACAUCAAUCUGGGUAUCAAAUAUGAUCCAAGUGUGGGUCUCUAUGGCCUGGACCUCUACGUGGUGCUGAGUAGGCCAGGUUUCAGCAUCACAGACAAGAAGCGCAGGACAGGCUGCACUAUGGCCAAACACAGAACGAGCAAAGAGGAGGCCAUGCACUGGUUCCAGCAGAAGUGUGAUGGGAUCAUGCUUCCUGGCAAAUAA